CCGGUUCCGCCCUCCUCUUUCGGCCGAGCCUCCCGGGCGAGAGCCCGAGCUCCUUUCCCAGAGUGCCCUGCGCCGUGAAGAAGCGGCUCCCGGGGACUGGGGGCAUUUUGUGUGGGCUGGAGCCGGAGUAACAAGAUGGCGGCGUCGGCGGAGUGACAGGGGUCCCUCCGGGCGGGAGCCGGCGGCAGUGGUGGCAGCGGUAUCGCCGCCCUAACUCACCGCACCCCCUUUCCAGCUCGCGACGUCGCUGCGAAAUCGAGGCAGCGGCGACCACCCAGAAACAAGUGGCCCAGCCUGGGGACCGCGAGAACCCCCUCAAACUCCGGCCUGGCAGAAAGAAACCUGACUGAGCGGCGGUGCUCGGGUCCUCCUGGGCGGUUUCUGGGCCUUGUCACGUCGAGAAAGAGCCAGCUUUCAGCUUCCUGCCUCCCUCCUCCGCUGCCUCGCUUCGUGGACCAGCCCUAGGGCCUCGGUCUCCCCUUCGAGGUGUCGGGGCUUGGCCCCAGCCUCCAUCUUCGUCUCUCAGGAUGGCGAGCAGCAGCGGCUCGAAGGCCGAAUUCAUUGUCGGAGGGAAAUAUAAACUAGUACGGAAGAUCGGGUCUGGCUCCUUCGGGGACAUUUAUUUGGCGAUCAACAUCACCAACGGCGAGGAAGUGGCAGUGAAACUAGAAUCUCAGAAGGCCAGGCAUCCCCAGUUGCUGUACGAGAGCAAACUCUAUAAGAUUCUUCAAGGUGGGGUUGGCAUCCCCCACAUACGGUGGUAUGGUCAGGAAAAAGACUACAAUGUGCUAGUUAUGGAUCUUCUUGGUCCCAGCCUUGAAGACCUCUUCAAUUUCUGUUCAAGAAGGUUCACAAUGAAAACUGUACUUAUGUUAGCUGACCAGAUGAUCAGUAGAAUUGAAUAUGUGCAUACAAAGAAUUUUAUACACAGAGACAUUAAACCAGAUAACUUCCUAAUGGGUAUUGGGCGUCACUGUAAUAAGUGUUUAGAAUCUCCAGUGGGGAAGAGGAAAAGAAGCAUGACUGUUAGUACUUCUCAGGACCCAUCUUUCUCAGGAUUAAACCAGUUAUUCCUUAUUGACUUUGGUUUGGCCAAAAAGUACAGAGACAACAGGACAAGGCAACACAUACCAUACAGAGAAGAUAAAAAUCUUACUGGCACUGCCCGGUAUGCUAGCAUCAAUGCACAUCUUGGUAUUGAACAGAGUCGCCGAGAUGACAUGGAAUCAUUAGGAUAUGUUUUGAUGUAUUUUAAUAGAACCAGCCUGCCAUGGCAAGGACUAAAGGCUGCAACAAAGAAACAAAAAUAUGAAAAGAUUAGUGAAAAGAAAAUGUCUACUCCUGUUGAAGUUUUAUGUAAGGGGUUUCCUGCAGAAUUUGCCAUGUACUUAAACUAUUGUCGUGGACUGCGCUUUGAGGAAGCCCCAGAUUACAUGUAUCUGAGGCAGCUAUUCCGCAUUCUUUUCAGGACCCUAAAUCACCAAUAUGACUACACAUUUGAUUGGACAAUGUUAAAGCAGAAAGCAGCACAGCAGGCAGCCUCUUCAAGUGGGCAGGGUCAACAGGCCCAAACCCCCACAGGCAAGCAAACUGACAAAACCAAGAGUAACAUGAAAGGUCUAAAAGAUGAGAAGUUGGAUCCACUGAGUUAGUAUGUUACCUUGGAAAAAAAAUUGUUUCUAAGCAUGAAUGAGGAACAGAAGAAGCAGAGCAGAUGAUUGGAGCAGCAUUUGUUUCUCCCCAAAUCUAGAAAUUUUAGUUCAUAUGUACACUAGCCAGUGGUUGUGGACAACCAUUUACUUGAUGUAAAGAACUUCCUUCAGUAUAAACUGGCUCUGGACAGCAUUGGUGAUGCUGUGUCCUGAGUUGUAGCGCUGUAAUUGUGAAUAUUAACUGAGAUAGUGAAACAUGGUGUCCAGUUUUCUAUUGCAUUUUUUCAAGUGGAAAAGUUAACUAAAUGGUUGACACACAAAUUGGUGGAGAAAUUGUGCAUAUGCCAAUUUUUUGUUAAAACCUUUUAUUUUGAACUAUACUGCUUUGAGAUCUUAUUUCGGAAGAACGGCAUGAACAGUCUUCGGCCACAGUUGUGAUGGUUGUAAAUGCUCACAAUUGUGCGUCUUAGGGUUUAUCCAUCCCUGGGGUUUGCAAGUUGUUCACUUAAAACAUUCUUUAAAUGGUUGGCUUCUUGUUUGUAAGCCAGCUGAUAUGGUAGCAACCAAAGAUUCCAGUGUUUGAGCAUAUGAAAGACUCUGCCUGCUUACCUGUGCUAGAAAUAACAGCAUCUAAAGUGAAGACUUAAGAAAACUUAGCGACUACUAGAUUAUCUUUAGGACUCUGCAUUAACUCUAUAAUGUUCUCGGUAUUAAAAAAAAAAAAAAGCAUACUUGUCACAAAUUUAGUUAACAUCUUACAACUGAAUAUGUAUGUAUGUUGCUUAGAUAAAUGUAAUCACUGUAAACAUCUCUAUGAUCUGGGAUUUCGUUUUUAUUUUGAAAUGGGAACUUUUUUGUUUACAAGUUCAUUAAAAACUAAAAACUGUUUCUGUAAGGAAAUGAGGUUUUUUUUAAACAACAAAAAUGCCUUGCUGACUCACUAUGAAAUCAAAAUUGCCCCAAUUUUUUAAUAGACUACUUCAAGCCAUUUGUUACAUAUGAUUCCUUUGCAAAUCAUUUUAGAUAGAGUGUUUUGACUUGUCAAUUUUUUAUUUAAAAAGUUUUUUUUUUUUUCUCGUCCUAAGGGGAAAGGCAUUCUGUGAUUUUUCUUUUCUUUUUUUUUAAAGGACUUGUAGGUACAAUACCUGGAACUGCAGAUGCCAAGACCUGGUAUUGUAAUUCGUACCACUGCAGACUAACCGCUGGGCUGAUUUUGAGUAAUAACGAAAGCUUUAAAGGGUUUGACUAGCAAAUGAAAUUUUUCUUUAAAUUCCUAGUUAAUUGGCUUUGAGCAGAUUUACUUACCCUCAGAGUGCAUCACACCACUUAAAUUUCCAUUUGAGGGCUGACCCUCCCCAACCUCACCCAAACCGAGAGAGCUUUCUCUCUCAAUUUUAAAUGCACCUUCUUUGUUUUUUCUAACCUAAGAGGAAAAUAAGUUUAUUGACCACAGUUCUCCUUAAGUAGUAUAACUUACUCAUUUAUAACAUGUCAAGAUAAAUUUAAAAGAACCUCUGUCUGAAAAUGCUGCCAGGAGCCUAUUGUGUAAAUGUAGGUAUUUUGUAAAAUAACCUUGAAACUGUAAAUUGACACGUGUUUGGUUCAGAUAGUGUCAAGUUUGAUUUUUUUUAUCUGAAACCUACUUUAGCAAUAAUUAAUUCCAUGAUUGCCACAAUCUGCCAUUAAAGGAUAUAUUAGCAUCGACAUACUGCAGUAAUCUUAAUGAUUAUGAACUUUGGGGUGGGCAGCUUCUUUGUUUCUUUUCUAUCCACUCAUGUCAGUUAAGGUAUUUGUUUCUUGACUAAUAAACCCUUUGAUACUUUUAGCCAGAAAUCAGUCUCAUAAAGCUAUUUUUGAGUAUAGUUUGUGUAAAAUAAAAACGUUUGGCUUUGGUAAUAACUUUUCCAAGCUGAACUCCCUCUAGCAAGAUAUUUUUCAGUGCUUUUAUUUACUAUGCACUUAGACUAUGCACUUUUUCUGAAAUAUUUUUGUAACACUUAACUUUUUUGUAUUUUUGCCAUUUGAAAAGGUUGUGGUUGUAGUUGGUCUGUAAUUCAGUUGCAGAUUUAAAACUGUUAGCUUUGUAAAUCAAAAUAUAGGUAUUCUUGUGUGGUAUAUCUUCAUUCCGUCUGCAGCUGGAGCUGGAAUCCCAUUGAUCUUCUAGCUACCAUUCAUUUUCUUCACAGUUCUCAGAAGAAGAAUGAAAUUGAGUGAAUGAUGUUACUAAUCCUGUCGGGAGAUGAAUCUCAUUUCACCAAAAUUAAAUUAUGUUUUUCCACUAAAAUGACACAAGUUGAAGACACAUCACUCUGAAAUUGGAAGACCUCACCAUUUUAAGGCUCCACAGUGGCUUACUCCGCUGAACUCUAGGUUACUUAACUGCUCUUUACUUUGUUCACCCAUUGGGGGGUGCAGUUUUUUAAAUGUUGGGAGAUGGCCAUUCUAACUACUGUUGAUUGUCUGUUUUGGGAAGGUAUAACAAAA